AUGGUUUAUCUUCCCUGUUGGACUGUUAGCUUCAUGAAAUCGAGGGUCAUGUGUGAUCCUGUGGGUCACCACAGUGCCCAGAACCGUCUUGAGUAUAGCACGUUCCCAGUGAAUAUUUGUUGGAAGACACACUAGACAUGUUUGUUGAAGGAAUGGUUGAAUUAGCAUCAAAGGCUUCUUCCACAAUAGCCCAUUGGCUGGUAAUUCUAAGCAUUUUACAGUGCAUCACAAAAUGUUCUUUUCUUUUUUAAAUUGUAUUGAAUCAACAAAUAGGAUAGACAGGCCCAUUUUCUUCAUUGUAAGGUAAGGCCUCUAUUAUUUUUUAGGUAGGGGCCCGCCCACAAGGGAACACUGGCUCUCACAUAAGACCCAGGAGCCUCCACAGUUUGGAACCCAAUACACACUUCCUAGAAUAGUACUCGACGCCCUCGCCUGCCACAUUGGGCUAUUAACAGUGCCUUAACCAACGGGGAGGAGAUAUGCCUGGGAACUGUGAUGCCAAUGGAAGGACGCAGACAUCUGUUUUCCAUUAUCGGCUUCUGCUUGGGGUUUCUUAAGCCCAGUGUGAGAUGGCAGACACCAUUCCAGGCUCUGGCCACCCGGGGCUCGGGCAGGGGACCGGGCAGAGGAGGAUGCGCAGCAUGGUAGGAGCAAUGUGCUGCUUGGCGCUCUGAAAGGGCGAGGCGCCAGAUCCCGGGAGACGCCGCCGGUGGUGCAAGGCUGCUCCGCGGUAGUUGGGUGAGGCCAGGAGGCUCGCACCUGCAGAUCCCUCUCUGGACGUACAGUCUUUGGAGACCCCGUCAGCUCCGGAGAGCCCCCGUCGCAGUCAGGUAGCGCGGGAAUCGGGUUUAGCACUUGUCACCGUUCAGAACUGGGCGUCCCGGUGCUCGUCUUUUGAGGAAAUCUUGCUCUGGACUACAUUUCCCAGAAGGCCCCGCGGUGAUUGAAAGCCCAAUCAGCCUAUGGACGGGGAAGGUAUCUCGUCAUGGAAACUGAGGAGCCAAUGGCAAGAGGACAGAGGCGGUGUUUUCCGGCGGCUGGCUGUCGGGCUUGGAGUCCCACCUGUGUCCCCACAGUCCUGUCACGCACGAAUCACAGUCGGGUUCUGGGAGGGACCACCUCGGCGCUGCGGGCCGGGUGCGGCUCGGCGGUGGAGGACUCACUUCCUGCUCCAUCCCCGGGCUGGGCCCUGGGGCGGUGAGUGAUCCGGGAAGCAGACGGCGGCGGCCACCCGGGCACCACAGAGGGGCGUGGAAGGGCGCGCCCGCCGCCCCGACGUGUCGCUGCCGGGUCCCCGCGCCCGCCCUUCGGAGCCCGCAGGUCCUGCUGAGGAGCGGGCUGAGGUAGCUGCGGUUUUCCGCGCCGUCGUCGGGAUGGCUCAUCCUCCCCAUCCGUGCUCUUGGUCCUCAUGGAGGUCCCCGGCCCCCGACUGGGGCCUGCAGCACCACGAGGGAGGAGAUGGGUGUCGGCGCUGCCCCUGCGGUCAUGUUCCUAUUAAUAACCCCAGUGAGCAGAGGGCUGCUCCUCACAAUGGCACUUAGUCACAGCACCUGGGCGCUGCACGGCCUUCGAGGUCACCUGUGCAGGGGACAGGAGGCUGGGCGGGAAACAGGGUUUCUGGGACAGUGGCUGAGAACUCGCCUCCUGCAGGCGGCCCUGCUGUCGUGUUUUGUAAUGGAUGCAGAAAUAAAAUGUAUGCUCAAAACUCCUUCCAAUGUCCACUUCCUACUGACAUUAUUUUUGCUUGUGAAGGUUUUAAGCCAGACAGAUGAAUUGCAUCCCUAGGGUUUUUAGAUCCUUAGAAACUCGCUACUUUGUCAGUGACCCAGAGCAAUGUCUGUAAAUGCAUAACUGUCUCCACGAGAAGUGUUUGCGAGUGUGUUCUAGUAGGACCGGUGCUUUGAUGGUGAGACGGAAGAUGGGAAAGGGAAAAACCCCCUCACCGCACCUGGUCCAUCCUGCACUGAAACCCAGGAUUCUUUGUAGCAGGCUCAGCUGGCUGACCUGUGUUUGUUUCCAUUGGAAACUCUUUAAGGCAGGGACAUGUUAUCUUACACUUCUUUGUGACCCCUAAUACCUUACAACAUAUUACUUACUGAAUAAAUCACUGAUCCAUCCAGGAAUCUGACCAUCUCCCUCAAAAUAAUUUUUUCGUGAUCCUGCUGUCAACUUUAUUAAUGUGUUAAUGAUUGCUUCAGCCCCCAAGGGUCAUGUUUUGUUCUUAUUCCCAUUGAAUUUCGCUUAAUUUUACAGCUUGUCCAUGCCUUUUUUUCCCCUUGUAAUCCAUAUCUUUUUAAGUCUCAUUUCUAGCUCCAUUAAACCCUGAAAUAGAUGGUCCCCAGGACAGUUCCCUUUGGAGUUCUGCAUAGGCUGUCCCAUGAGGUUGCCACCAAUCGACAAGCCGCGAAAAGUCAGCUGUUCUCAUAACUAAUAUGAGUAGAAUUAAGCCCACGACUUCCUGGCUUGCUGAAGAAAAUGUAGUUGGAGAGAAUCCAAAGCUUUCUAGAAAUCAAGUUAUACCUGCACACGCUCUCCUUUGUUUAUCUUGUGUGUCAUGGACAAUUUGUUCCUCAAGAAGUUAGUGUGUUCAAAGACAGAAGUUCUGCAGAUGUGUCUGGGAGGCCCAGGCCUCACUCAGUGAUGGGUGAGUUGGCCAAGGGAAGGAUUAUGUAAAAACAGAAUAAGAAAAGCAACCCUUCCGUGGUUGAGAGAAUUUACCUGAGAGCCUUUCUAGUCAGGGCGUUCCGUUUGGGUGUACUGGUGGCCAUGACGGCUGUCAUUUGGUUUUCAGACAAUGGGGAGAACAUGUAGAGAGCUGUUGAUGCAUGUUGAGGUCUCUUGCUGUAGGACCUGAUGACCCUCAAUGAUGUGGCUGGGGACUUCAGGGAAGAGUGGGUUACCUGGACCCUGCUUACAGAAUCCUCUUCAGGGACACCACCCAGCACACGUAGAAGAAUGGGCUCUCAACGGCAUUUCUAGACCAAGUGUGAUCUCCCAGCUGGAGCAGAAAGAGGAGCCAUGGGUCCUGCCACUCCCGAAUUUUGAGAUGAGGAAGAUCCUACGGGAAAGUCACACAGACUUUGAGAAUCAGAUGGUAAAACUCAAUCGGGACAUUUCUGAAACAGCAGAACAAUGUGGAACAUCCUCAGCAAGGGCCAAUAAAGAUAUUUCUCAGACUCCUAGCUGGGGAGGAAACUGGGAGAGGGGCCUUGAAUUAGAAGGGCAACAUGGAACUCUUCCAAGAGAGGGCCAUCAGGGUCCCUUUUCGCAGGAGAAGGAUUUAAACAAGCUCCUGGCUGGAUAUGUAGGAAAGAAGCCUGUGUGUGAAGAAUGUGGAAAAAGCUUUAACCAGAGUUCCUAUCUCGUGAGACACCUCAGAACCCAUACUGGUGAGAGGCCUUAUAAAUGCAUUGAGUGUGGGAAAGGCUUCAAACAGAGUUCCGACCUGGUCACCCAUCGCAGAACACACACAGGAGAGAAGCCCUACCAAUGCAGUGGGUGUGAAAGGAAAUUCAGCGACAGCUCGACGCUCGUCAAACAUCAGAGAACCCACACGGGCGAGAGACCCUACGAGUGCCCAGAGUGUGGGAAGACUUUUGGGCGGAAGCCCCACCUCAUAAUGCACCAAAGGACCCACACGGGAGAGAAGCCCUACACGUGCCUCGAAUGUCAUAAAAGCUUUAGUCGAAGCUCCAAUUUCAUCACCCACCAGAGGACCCACACGGGAGUGAAGCCGUACAGAUGUCAUAACUGUGGGGAGAAUUUUAGCCAGAGCUCAGAUUUGACUAAGCACCAACGAACCCACACAGGAGAACGGCCCUUUCAGUGCCCAGAGUGCGGGAAGGGCUUUAGAGACAGCUCUCAUUUCGUAGCUCACAUGAGCACCCACUCGGGAGAGAGGCCCUUCAGCUGUCCUCAUUGCCACAAGAGUUUCAGUCAGAGCUCACAUCUGGCCACGCACCAGAGAACUCACACAGGCGAGAGGCCUUUUAAGUGCGAUGACUGUGGGAAAGGGUUCGCCGACAGCUCUGCCCUCGUUAAGCACCAACGGAUCCACACGGGGGAAAGACCCUAUAAAUGUGGCGAGUGUGGGAAGAGCUUCAAUCAGAGCUCCCACUUCAUUACCCACCAACGGAUCCACUUGGGAGACAGACCCUAUCCGUGUCCUGAGUGUGGCAAAACCUUCAAUCAGCGCUCCCAUUUUCUCACCCACCAGAGAACACACACAGGAGAAAAACCUUUUCACUGUAGUAAGUGUGACAAGAGCUUCCGUCAGAAAGCACAUCUUUUAUGCCACCAAAACACCCAUUUGAUUUAGAAUAUAGUCUUUAGUGGUUCUGAUGCUC